AUGAGUGGCGAUCCUCCCAAGUCGCAUUUUUUCUCCGCAGAGAUCGAUGAUGAUGUCUCAUCUGGUAUUGCUGAUCAAGAGCAUCUCAAAACAAAAUUUCCCAGUAUCGUUCCCGACCUUAUUGGACUCUUUAAUUUGUUCGAGAGUAUUCAGAGCUCUACCACUUCGCAUAAUGCCUCUAAGCAGGACGACGAUGUUCCAGGUCAAAUUUCUGUCAACCUUGCAGGCAGAGCUAAGCCUACAAUCCAGGAGGUAUGA